CUCAAGAUGAUGCUCGACAAGAAUGCUUUUGAGAAAGCAUUAAAUCAGGAUAAAGAACAAGUUGUGGACAGAGCUCCAGCUCAGCCACAGAAUAAUUUACAGUUUAAUGUUCAAGAAAACCCGACAAUUCAGAGCUCAGGGAAGAGUAAGAGAGAACAGUUGUGGGAGCAAAGAAAGAUGAAAAAGGCAAGCAAGAUUAGUCCUGCUUUUGCAGCUCCAGGUCCUGUUAUUAAUAGUACUCCACCAGAAAACAAUAAUCCAAACUUGAAUUUUCCAGGUCAAUCUGGUCCACCAUCAGGGCAGUUUCAAAGCUCAGAUAAUGUAAAUCCGGCUAGUUAUCCUUCGAAUCUCCAAGUAAUGGGAAAAGUUGAGGCGACUCCAUUACAACCAAUGGGGCCUUCAAGGCAUGACUUCAGUGGUGCACCAAGCAACAAAGCCCCUAUAAGCAUGCCUAGUGGACACCCAGCCCAAAAUGAGCCUGCUUACAUCCCUUCAGCUGCUUCUGGAACUCCAGAUGUAAACUAUGGAAUGCAGCCAGUCCCACAAAAUAACUUUGAAGAAGUUAGACCAAGAGUAAGCUCAAGAGGAGGCUCCAACAAAGACAAGGCCAAGAAGAGUGAAUACCUGAACGACUGGAAACGCGAAAUGGAAGAAAGAGAGCAAAAGAAAUAAGAGAGAAAAAGAAGAAGAAAGACGUAGAGAAAGAGAAGAAAUGCAAAAUUACAGCGAUCCAUUCGGCAGAGGAGGCGCAGGCGCCCCCAUUAAGAAUAAUAGAGGUCAGGUUAUUACUAAUAGAAGAGAAGCUGUGAAGGAAAGUGAGAACCAAGCUAGUGCUCCUAGCUAUGCUAAUCAAAAUAUGGGGUAUCAGCCAAGUCAGAUGAAUCCUUCAGAGGCUCAACCUCAGAUGUAUCAACCUUCUCAGCAAAAUGUGGGUUAUCAACCUCCAAUGCAGCAAAGAAUGCCUGAUCAGAAUAUGGUUCCAAAUUACCAAAACCCUUAUGUAGGGGCUGGAGGAAAUAUGAAUAAUUUUCAAGGAGGAAAUCCUUAUGAAAUGCAGCAACCUAUUGCUCCUCAACAAAAUAUGGGAUUCAACAACCAAAUGACAGUUAUGAACCAGGACAACCCUGGGCCAUCCAUGAACAAUAUGGGAGGGGUUGGAAUGGAGCCAGCAAAUGCUUACGGUAUGGGCGCUCAAAAUCAACCAAUGGGUGGAAGAAAUCUGCCUGACCCGAAUGGUGUUCUCCCCCAAGCUAAAGGAUUCAAUAACAUUUCAAUGGACGCGGGACCGCCUCAAGAUAAGGUUAUCCCAACAAUCAAUCGUAGUAGGAUCAGAACACCGGCUCGAGACGAAGGAGGGUCCGCGCUUGCAGUCGGCGGCAACGAGGAUCUCCUUAAAAACAACAAGAACAAGAUGAAGAACGAAUGGCAACAACAACUUCUCGACCAAAUGGAGGAAAAGAAGCGGAAGAAAGAGGAAGAAAAGCGGAGAAGAGAUCAAGAAGAAAUGGAAGAAGAAAGAAAACUCCAACGUGAAAGAGACGAGAUCGAGAGGCAGUACAAACUAGAACAAGACAAAGAAAAACAGAAAUUUAAAAAUAUGCAGAUGGAGAAUGAAGCUCUGAUCGAGGCUAAAAAGAAGAAACAAGAAGAUGCCAAAUAUAAGUCUGAUAAUAGAAGAUCUAGACCUCCAUCCCAGAAUAACAGGGGAGAGGUGUUUGGAAAUGGCGGUCAGGGAGGACCAACGCUAGUCCCAGUCCAACCAAUGCAGGCUAAUAUGCAAGCUCCUCAGCAACAACCUCAGCCCUUGUUGGGGAAGACCAAGAUUUUUAAUGAAAUUCAAGAGCAGAUCAAGAAGAACUUUGACGAAGAACUAGAUAAGCUCAGACUUGAAAUGAGCUCAAGAAACAAAUAAAAUGAGGAACCAAAUGGAGGAGCUGAAAGGUGAGACUGACAAAGCAGUAAGAGAAAGAAAUGAGGCCAAUGAAGAGCUUAAAAGAAUGAAGGAGUUCUUAGACAAGAAGAAAGCUGAGGAUAACCAUCAUAACAAGCUUGCCAAUGCUCUGAAUAGAUAUGCUCCUCCUGGCCAGAGUAAAGAAGAGUACACUCCAGAGCCAAGAGCAGCUAGCCGAGGAGGUGUCAAUAUGAAGAAUUAUGAAAAGAUGUUUUUCAAUGAAAAGAAAAGUAACAUUAAUUUAGCAGGAAAGUCUCUCAAAGGAGAGUCAGCAAUGGUACCAGUUGACCAUAAUGGAACUAUAACGAAUUAUUUUGGAAAAGAGGCAAUACAGAAACAAGAGGAGACUUUUAAAAUGAAUAAAGGAGGAAUUCCAGUCUAUGAAAGGAACCCAGAGAAGCUCAAAAAGCAUGCAAUAGAUAUGAACGAUAAUUCUUAUAAUCAUAAUACUGAAAUUCCUACUUUAGACCCUGGCAUAAAGAACCAAAUUAACAAAAAUAGGAUGAAGUAUCAGUUUAACCCAGCACCUGAAGAGAAGCAGACUAUAAAGGCUGAAGACACCCUUGAUUUUAUUAGCAAGAUCAAUGGAGUUGGGGGAGAUCCGAAAUCUUCUGGUCCUACUAAGUUCGGCAGGCAAGACUCUUUAUCCAAAAAGGCAAGUGAGCUCAAAAAUAAGAAGCUGACAGAUACGAGUUUCACUGCUAAUACGAAUAAUAUGGCUCUCGAUAUUGAUAACUUCCCUGCAUUGCCUGAAUACGAGGGAAUCCAAUCAGAAUUUCUUGAAAGUGCUGGAAAGGGCAAACUAAGGGACACCUCGUUCCAAAAGAAAGGGCCUGAAGCAUUGAAUACUUCAGCUAUUGAUCAUGAAUCUCCAUAUAAAGCUACAAAGAAUGGUGGUUUUGGAGUACGAGACUCUACGCAAUCUUUAGGCAAUGGUACUGUCAACACCCUGAAGACAAUUAAUACCAUAAAUCUUGACAAGAUCAAUAAUAGGAAUGAAAAUAGGUUGGCAGAUAUAGAAAAUAAGUAUAACUUCGGAGGGGCUGGAGAUGGCGGAGACGAUACCCUAUCUAAUUUACUUAAAAAACAUGACAAUGAUAUGAGUCACGAUGCCAUUAAACUUGACUCUCAUACUGAAUUCAGAAGUAAUAACGACCAUCUGGGUGCUAUUCGAGAAGAGAAAUGGGAAAGUACCCUAAAGAAAGAGUUAUAAGGACAUUCUAUCUACAGGUGAACGAGGGAUUUCUUAAUUCCAGCAAUGUGCUUAAUCUAAGAUGCAUAUGCAGCUCAGGAAUGGUUCUUUAGAUCUCCAAUGAUGAUACACACAUAAAACAUCAGCUUUGCGAAAUUGCAAAUAAUGUCUCAGAUAUGUCUCAUCUAUUGGAAUCCCACACUUAGGCACAAUAUUUACGUUCAAGAUUUAUACCCU